GCAAAUACAAAAAUUACCUGUUUAAGCUUUUGAAAAUUCAGACAUUUCUUUUAAAAAAUCCUUAUUUCUGUUCACUGACAGGUGCAGAAUACACUAAAGUUACACUUGAUCACUGAUUUUUGUAUGAUUAUGUGCACUUAACUAAACCACAUUUAUCAAAAUUUGACCCCCACCAGUGACUAGGAUAGAAGUUAUGGAUCACAUGGCAGACAGACACACAACAGUGUGCCCACAACAUGGUUAAGAUACCCCCUCCACAAGGGAGUGUCUGAGCUUGAUUCCUGGCUAUUGUUGAUUACUCAGCUUCCUCCCAGACUGUGGGAGGCAGUGGUGAUGACUAAAGUACUUGGGUGACUGUAACCCAUGUAGGAGACCUGGAUCAAUUUCCAGCUCCCAGCUUCUGUAGUAGUCCAUCCAAAGACAUUGUAAACAUUUAGGAGUGAAUCAAUGGAUGGGUGUGCUUGCUUUCUUUUUCUCUCUCCCUCUCCCUCCCUAUCCAUGUCUCUCUGUGUGUUUCCCUAUUAAACAAAAAGGAGAUACAAAAGGGAAAGCAGAAAACUGGAGAAUGAUGAAACCUCUAAAAGAUAACUAACACACAACAGUAUGUUCCAAUCAUGAAUGAUCAACAUUAAGUUAGUGUUGACAUAACACAGUCCUGGCAUUUAGAGCACAAAUAAGUCAAUGAAAUUUGUAUUAUUGUUAAAAUAAAGUAUAUUUAACUGCUUCUUAAUUACGCUUAUUUAGAAUAUUAUCUUUGAAGACAAAAGGGCAUUUCCUAUUCUUUUUUAUUAAAAGACUUGGUUGCAUUUGACUAUGUUCAUGGACUAGUUAUGUCUAAUGUUCUGGGUUUCUUAACUUUUUUAAGUUGCUCUAAAAAACAUUCUUUUAAUUAUAUUUCUUCUGUGGACCUUAGAGUUACCCUGAUGUUAUACCCAUGAUUAGCUGAAUUAAAACUAUAUGUAGAAUAACUAUAUGCAAACACUGUGGGCCCAUGUCUCCUUUUUCCAUCCCUCUCUCUUUUUCCAGAAGGAGCACAGGCUCUGUUGAAACACAAAAUCUGACGUGUGUCCUAGAAUUCCAUUUCGUGGGCUUCUCAGAGGAUCCAGCCCUGCAGUCCCUCCUGUUUGGGCUGUUCUUGUCCAUGUACCUGGUCACAGUGCUCAGGAACCUGCUCAUCAUCCUGCUCAUCAUCUCUGACACCCACCUGCACACCCCCAUGUACUUCUUCCUCUGCAACCUGUCCUUGGCUGACAUGGGUUUCACCUCCACCAUGGUUCCCAAGAUGAUUGUGGACAUCCACACUCACAGCACAGUCAUCUCCUAUGUGGGCUGCCUGACACAGAUGUCUCUCUUUCUCAUCUGUGGAUGCAUGGAUGAUUUGAUUCUGACUGUGAUGGCCUAUGACCGGUUUGUAGCCAUUUGUCAUCCACUGCAUUACCAGGUCAUCAUGAACCCCCGCCGCUGUGGCUUCUUGGUUUCUGUGUCUUUUGUGGCCAGCCUUUUCGAUUCUCUGCUGCACAACUUGAUAUUAUUACCAGUUACCUGCUUCAAGGCAGUUGAAAUUUCUAAUUUCUUUUGUGACCCUUCUCAGCUACUCAAUCUUACAUGUGAUAACACCUUCAACCAUGACAUAGUCAUGUAUCUUAUUGGUAUUGUAUUUGGGUUUUUCCCUAUCUCAGGGAUCCUCUUCUCUUACUAUAAAAUUGUGUCCUCCAUUCUGAGAGUCCCAUCCCCAGAAGGGAAGUACAAAGCCUUCUCCACCUGUGGCUCACACCUGUUGGUCGUUUGCUUAUUUUAUGGAUCAAGUUUAGGCGUGUAUCUCAGUGCAUCAUUCUCCACCUCUUCCAGAGAGAGUGCUGUGGCCUCACUGAUGUACACCCUGGUCACCCCUAUGUUGAACCCCUUCAUCUACAGCCUGAGGAACAGGGACAUCAAGAGAGCUCUGCAGAGAACUCUCAACAGAAUUAGCUAAUCUCACUGCCCUUGCCAUCCUUGUGUUCCUAGAACUGAAAUGGGCAGCUUCAAGAUGUCUAGAAUCAGUCCUCAGGUCACAGCAUGUGAAGGCAUCUAUCAUCAUCUCCAUGUCUUUUGGGCUUCUCUUACCACAACCUUUCCUCUCAACAUAUGGGAAGCUAACGCUGUAGGCUGGGGCUUUAACUUGCUGUGUCACUGUGCAGGCCCCAGGUUGGAGCUCUUAAAAAAAUCACUACUCUACUUUCCACCUUUCUUUAAUAAAAGGUCACUCAUGGUCACUAACCUUAACUACAUAUGAAGUGUGGUACAUUUCACUCAUCUCUUCUCUCCCCACUCAGGCCUCAUUGUUGGAGAGAGUCCCUUUAGUUACCAUUUCUGUUCACAUGUUUUUCCCUCUUUACCUCUGUCCUGCAGUAGCUAUUGGACCCAUUGCCCAUAUUCCGUUCUCUCCAUUAUGAGAACUGGAUUUGUUUCUGUUUCUUGACUGAUGAAUACAUCAUGACAAGGGGCAAAGGUAGAGGAUGAGCUGUGAUAGGAGUAUUUAAAAAUGUGCACAAGGGGGCGGCACUGUUGCAUGUUAGGUUAAGCCUCUGCCAGCAGUACUGGCAUCCCAUAGGGUGCUGGUUCGAGUCCUGGCUGCUCCACUUCUGAUGCAGCUUCCUGCUAAUGGCCUGGGAAAUCAGCGGUGGAUGGCAUAAAUGCUCAGGCCCAUGCACCCAUGUUGGAGACCCAGAAGAAGUGCUUAGCUCCUGGCUUUGGAUUAGCCCAUCUCCAGCUGUUGCAGCCAUUUGGGGAGUGAAUCAGUGGAUGGAAGAUCUGUCACUCCUUCUCUUUCUGUAACUCUGCCUUUUGAAUAAAAUAAUUUUUUUCAUGUGUUCAAGAAAUCAAGCCAGUUUUCAAUAUCAGUCUUCUCAUAAACACAAACGAGGCAGAAUUUAGGGUCUUCUCAUUUCUGUUGAUGACACUCAUCUUUUGAGGUGGGUGUUAGUGCCAUUUGGGAUGCCUGUACUGCAGGGCCUGGUUUUGAAUCCUAGCUCCACUCUGAUUCUGAAUUCCUACUAAUGUGCAUCUUUGGAGGCAGCAGGUGAUGGCUCAAGCAGUUGGGUCCCUGCCACACACGUGGGAGAUGUGGACUGAAUUCUUAGCUUCUGGCUUUGGCCUGGCCCAGCCUUGGCUGCUGUGGGCAUUUAGGGAGUGAACCAGUGGAUGGAGAACAUUGCUCUCUCAAUCUCUCAGUAUUUUCCUUUCAAAUAAAAUAAAUUUUUACAACUAAAAAAAGGAACAUUCUUCAUGUGAGGGAAAAACAGCAAAUGUCCUAUUUCAUUGUGCAAACAUAACUCUCCAGACAUAGUAUGUCUGGCAGGUGAGAACCUUAAUUUUUUUAAAAGAAGGUUUGCUUAUUUGAAAGGAAGAGAG